AUGAGCAUUGUGCUGCAAUUUUUCUAUUUUAUUGUUGUAAAUACUUCUUCCUGCCCAUACAGGCUGCCUGCAGCUUUGCCCCGAGGCAGGGGCGUGCAGGCAUGGAGUGCCCUCGCUGCCGCUUCGUUUCCCAAGAUGCUUCUCCCACCUUCUGCAGCAACUGUGGGCACCCGCUGGCACCUUCCCUCCGCACAGGACCCCCCCCCACGGAGAAAGGAGGUGGCGAGGCCAAGGAGAUGGAGGUGGAGAUGGAGCCUGGACGAUCACUGAGGGUAGAGGGUGCCCCCUCCUCUGGGCCAGGUGCCGAGACCAAGGACAUGAAGGGGAAGCCGGAAGAGAUGCUCAUGCAGGGCUCCAGGGCUCAGACCAGUGGCUCCAAGAAGAAAGCAGUACAAAGUGUGAGUGAGGUAGAGGCUGCCAUCCCUCCUGCCAGAAAGAGGAGAAAGGAGAAUCCAGGCUUGCCUGAAGGCAGCAGCCCAUCUCUCGCAAGCCCACGGCAGGUAGUUCUCCUGGUACUUCUUGUAUCUAGAGGAGUCGAUACCAGUGCCUUUCCCCGAAGCCCUGUUUACCAGCACGAGGGUUUUUUCUGGGUUGACCUGGAAAAAAAGAAGAAGAAGAAGAAGAAGAAGAAGGAUGCCCCUGACACGGAGCAGCCGGACUCCUUAAAGUCGGACACACCUAGUACAGAUUGUUCUCUGGUCUCGGAAAAAUCCUGCGAUCCCUUUCCUGCAUUGGAAGGCGCAACCCAAGAGGACAAAGUGGCCAAGCCGGGCACUGCGCUGCCUGCUGGUCGCACCGCAGGUGAAACAAAAAGCAGCGGUUCUUUGGGCCCCUUGGGAGAGGAGAAUAAAAACACAGAAAUGGCUGUGGGAGACCACUGCAGCAGCACCAGCGCCAGACUCCAGGAUGAUGCUUGUGGCAAGACGGCUCAGCCCACAGGCUCCACAGCUCCACAGGAGAAGAUGGAGGAUGGAAAUCCCAAAGGUGAUGGAGAAGAGGGCAGAGAAGAGAGGGGAUCUGAGAAGCAGGAGGAUGCCCGCAGCCCUGCUGAAACGGAGCAGGCCCUGGGAAAAGCAUCCGAUGCCCAAACUUCAGGGGCAGACGGAGGUGCCCUGGGCUCCAAAGGAGCUGGAGAAGAGGACUCCCCAGGGCUUUCCACCAGUACAGAAACGCCAGAGAAUGAAGAAGCUAGUCCUUCUGCAGAGGCUGUGAAUCAGAAGAGUAAAGUCUCACCGACUGAGCCUCGGGACACACAGAGCAGGGAAGGGAAGGUGGAACGAGAGUCCAAGCAGCAAGCACAUGCUCCAGUGUCCGAGGCAACCAGCCAGGUGGUUGUAGGAGGGCAGCAAAAGGCGGCAGGAGGGUCA